CCGCGGCGGCUGGAGUGUCAGCCCCGGGGCGGGCACGGCCCCGGACCCCCGCUUCCGUCCGCCCGUCAGUCCGCGGGCUCCGUUGACUCUCGCUCCCGAGCCCAGCUGCCCAUCUUGCACCUCCUGCUGCGCGGGGCGCUCGCGCUCGGCCGCAUCUUCGCCCUGCCCGCCCGCCAGCAGCCUUCUCUCCACACUGCAGCCACGGUGCUGUUUUAAAGCUAACCGGAGCGUGUCACGCCCCUGCCGGAAAUCUCGCCAGUGGCGGCUUGUUGCCUUCCGAGAACGUCAGAAUAAUCUAGUCGCCUCAUGCCCCUCUCCCCGAACCACUCCCACCCAACGGAAUUACCUGCAGCUUUCUCACCUCUGGGCCUUUGCACUUGGAACGCUCCUCCCUCUGUCCCGCUGCCGUCUUCGUACAUUGGUCACCUUAGAUCUCCUUUCCUCCAGAAGGCUGUUUCUGAAUCCUCAGACGGCUGAACGGCCGUCCACGUGGUUUUAUAUUGUAUUCUUCUGUGUUUCCAGAAGACCAGGCUUAGGAGGUGAUCCUUAGGGAAGCUUUUCAAGGGCGGCCUGGUCUCAGCACAUAGCGUGUUAUUUGCUGGUGGGUUUGUUGACUGUUUCUCGCUAGAUGUUAGUCCCGUUAGGGUAGAGAGAGCAUCGUGUUUGUUACAUCUGCGCGGCACCAAGAGCAGGACAGAAUCCGUGAAUUGUGGCACGUGGGAGCCCGUGGAAGACCCGAUUAACCCCUGGGGUUGGAAUGGUAAGAAUUGGCCGUGCAGAGACGAAGGAAGGUUUGGGCUGAGCCUCGACAGCGUUUAGCAAGAGGGCGUCUGAGUGCCUCUGCCCAGGUGGGGAGGUAGCAGUGAGGACGAAUCGGGAAACAGCUAGUAUUGUGGGCCUGGAGGACAGCACACUCCAGGACGGGGCCCCACACAGAAGGCCAGCGACUUCUCCAGGUGCCAGGGCUUGUAGUCGGGCUGUGCUCAAACCCAGUUCUUCUGCCCCUGCCCCCCGCUGACGAUGCCCCCCAUGCAGGCAACAGGGAAACCUCAGAUUAGCCCGGGUUCCCUGAAGGCAGUGCCCACAGCAGCUUGGAGGGUUGCGCGAUGGGUUUUAGAGAAUGAGAGUACGUUCCUGUGACUCAUUGGUUCUCGUCGUCCGUGUGCUCCGUGGCCGUGUCCUCGUAGUCUGUGCACACGGGGCGGACCCUCGUCACCUCAGUUGCCGACAUCCUUUCUUGCAGAAUUACCCUCUUUACAUCCGCAGCGCCCCCACAGAGAAUGAGCUGAAGUUCCACUACAUGGUGCACACGUCCCUGGACGUGGUGGAUGAGAAGAUCUCCGCGAUGGGGAAGGCCUUGGUGGACCAGAGGGAGCUCUACCUGGGCCUGCUGUACCCCACAGAGGACUACAAGGUAUACGGCUACGUGACCAACUCCAAGGUGAAGUUCGUCAUGGUGGUGGACUCCUCCAACACGGCGCUUCGAGACAACGAGAUCCGCAGUAUGUUCCGGAAGCUGCACAAUUCCUAUACAGACGUGAUGUGCAACCCUUUCUACAACCCUGGGGACCGCAUUCAGUCCAGGGCCUUUGACAGCAUGGUGACGUCUAUGAUGAUACAAGUGUGUUGAGCGAGAACUCGGCGGCCGUUGCUUGAAGACGAGCACUGUGUAUAGAAGCCGUCGUCCAGAUGGAUGUUUAUUAUCCCGUGCCUGUAGGCCUCGGGCACGGUGAGUGGAGACUAAAGGUCUUCUGAGAUCACGUUUGGCGUUUUCCUUGUGUCAGCAGAGGCUCCGACGGAAGAGCGUGUCGCGCGGCACUUUUGAGGCUGGCGCAGAGGUCAGGGACCAGAGCCGGGACAAGGGGCGGGGAGAGCGGGUGAGGGCGCCCACGGACCUUGGGGCCCUGCGGGGGCUGCAGCUGUGGGGCAGCAGAGACGGGAGCGACUCGUGGCCGGCCUCCGGUGGCUGACCGGGUGGGGUGGUCUGUGGGGGCAGGCCUCCUGUGCCCAGGGCCAGCUCUAGAGGGGCUCCCGGAGAGCCCCCACACCCUCCCCUGCCUUCAUCUUUCUGGACUCGUGCCCGGCCUCAGGAGGGAGCUGCUCUCAGCUCGUCAACUGCCGCCUGCUUUCUGAGCACCGAGUGAGCGAGUCCGUGAGCCUCCCCCUGGGGGAGCGUGUGGCGGUCCCUAACGGUUGGCGGAGCCCCUGGUCACCUGCUGCCUCCGCAGGCCCCUGAGCAAGCCGGGGGGAGGGGGUAUGCUUGAGGAGCGACCGAUGUGAUCGGAUUUCUGCCACGUGCUCCCCCAGAAGCCUGCUCUAUCAAGUCCAGAUGGCAGUCCUAACCAGUUGACUGUGACUGAGGGGACAUUGCCAUCCGGGAUCAGGCGGCCCUGGCCCUGGCACCCUUCGUCAUCUGGCAACCAGGACCCGCGGGGUCUGAGCCCCACCGCGCGGUCUGCUCUGUGCUGUCGUCAGUGCCCUGGCUUCGAGCCGGGUGCCCCGGGCCAGCCGUGAUCCCUCCCUCCCUCCUCAGUCGCUCCGGAGAAGGGGUCUGACGAGGAGCAGGGCCACCCGGACCCCCUGGGGAAUGGCGGAGGCCGUUAGCACCGGGAUGGGACCCGGAGGUGAGCCUUCCCUUCUAAGGAACGCGGGACUCGUUUUUCAAAUUACAGAAGUAGAGGGAAAAAAGUCAACGAGUAUGUAUUAAAAACACAAGUGCCAGCCCAGCACCUUCUGCUGCAGGUGGAACCAGGGGAUGGGGAGGAGGCCGGAGAAGCAGCCGCUGGCUGAGCUCUUGGAGGUAAUUGCUCCUGCCUGCGUAGCGGCUGUGGUAGAGCCUGCAGGUAGCUGGCUUGCCUCCUUACCAACCAAGCCCCAGUGUUACUGGGUACAGUUGACCGGACAGAAGAGGUUUCCUACUGUCUGUAGCACUCCAGGACAGGUAGUUGUGGAAUGUGAGUGGGUGGUGUAGGGAGGGACUUGCAGGAAGGAUACUUUGAAGGGGGAUUCAGCUAGCAGAUGGAGUACCCUUCCUUCAUCCUUUCCCUUCUUCCUGGCUGGAACUCGGACGUGAUGGCUGGAGCUAAGGCAGCCAUCUUGAGAGCACGAAGAAAAGAUGCAUCUCCUAAGGAUGGAGAGCAGAAAGCUAGAAGGAACAUGAUCUUUAUUGACAUGGCCCUGGAUUGCUUAUAGUCAGCAUUUCGUAGAGGAAAAUAAACGAUCUUGUUGAAGCUA